GGGGCAACCAUAAUUUGUUUUGACGCGAUAGAAUUAUCUCCAAAGAGGGAAUUUUGAAGUUACAAAAGUACAACAUCCUCGUAAGUGACUCCAAAUUUCAUAAUUUCUUAAUGUGAAUAUUGUGCGACAUACAGCUUCUUAUCUCUUUAAAUAAGCAAAUUUCAUAUUGCAUAACUUCAUUCUCUCUCACAAUCACUGACAGUACAUUUCAUCUAUAGAUACGUAUCCCUAGAAUUGAUCUUUACUGUUUUCCUCAAAUUCACCCCACCUCAAAUCAUGGGUGAAAAGAUCACCGAAGAUCAAGUCGCCAACCUGCUGGCAAUACUGCGAACCGAUGGGUCCGUAGAUGCGAAGGUCAACCAAAUUAACAACAUCAAAUCUAGCAUCAAACAGCAUAAUGUUCCCGAACCAUGCAUCCUUUCGCUAUUCGAAGCCUUGCGCAUUGCGUUGUCGUCGCAGCAUGCUGCUUUGGUCAACGCUGGGUUCUCUACCCUCAAUCAUCUCCUCACCAGAUUAUCACGUCAGGAGCCAAAAUAUAUCGCAAAAGAAGCGGCAAGGACUUUGCCCAUGAUAAAUGAUAAGAUGGGUGAUCAGAGGGAGAAAUAUAGACAGCUUGCUGCGCAAUGUCUUACAACUUUCUGGAAGAAUGCGCCGAUGGAUGUAGAAAGGAUUGUGAAGAACGCAGGUCUGGUCGGAAAGAACUCAAGGAUGAAAGAGACUUCAAUGAACUGGAUUGUACAGGUAAAUGAGUGGAUUUUUGCGCAGCGUUGUUUACAUUUUCUAACAACUUCACUGAGUAGAUGCAUCAAGAGCAUGGCAUGCCAUUCAAAAGUUUUGUAACUACAUUAAUGGAAUUACUAGAAGAUGCCGAUGGCAUGGUAAGGGAUACUGCGAGAAAUACUGUCAUCACUUUAUUUCAGUAAGUCUCUUCAUAUCCAUCAUUUUACUUUUGUAUACUAACAUGCAGCAGGAAUGCUCCGAAUGGGGCCAAAUCAGACCUCAAAAAGCAAUUGAAGAAUUUCAAUGUUCGCCCAGCAAUCGUAUCAGCUAUCACAAGUCAACUUAUACAAGCCGGGCCCCCAGUGGUUGUGGAGCCGGAAAGACCUGAUGCCCCUAUGCGAAACCCCUUAGCUAGCAGCGCAUCUGCCAUGAGCAUCUCCAGACCAGCAACACCAGAAGUCAGGGUGGAGCAAGUGGAACCUGCAUAUGUGAAUACACAGAGAGAACUAGAGGAAACCUUUCAGGAAAUGCAGCAAUGGUUUCAGGACAAGGAGUCUGAAGCUAACUGGCUAAAGCGAGAACAAAGUUGUACAAAAUUACGGAGACUGAACGCCGGAAAUGCCCCAAGCGACUAUCACGAUGCUUUCCUUGCUGGUAUCAAGAGCCUCCUUGAUGGUAUUUUAAAAGCUGUUAACUCACUGAGAACAAGUCUCUCCAAAGAAGGGUGUAGCGUCGUCCAAGAGGUUGCUAGAACUGCUGGACCUGGACUGGAUCCUAUGGUCGAAAUUCUGUUACAAAACCUCAUCAAGCUAUGUGGCGGUACCAAGAAGAUCAGUUCGCAGAAUGGAAAUGCCACUGUUGAUAUUAUUAUUAGUGGUGUCACCUAUAAUCAUCGAAUUAUGCAGCAUAUUUGGCUUGCAUGCCAGGAUAAAAAUGUUCAGCCCAGAACAUAUGCCACAAGCUGGCUCAAAACCUUGCUAAAGAAGGAGGCGCAACACAAGAGCCAUGUUGAGCACAGCGGAGGCUUGGAACUAAUAGAAAAGUGUCUAAAGAAAGGUUUAGCCGACGCAAAUCCUGGUGUUCGUGAGAAUAUGAGGUCGACCUAUUGGACUUUUGCUCAGAUCUGGCCAGCAAGAGCUGAAAUGUAAGGGCAUAAGUAUUCCUCCUGGGACUUUACUGGUAGCUAACAAUUUUUAGAAUCAUCGAGGACCUAGAACCAACUCAGAAGAGAUUAUUGGAAAAUUCUUCAGACAAUCCUAAUGCUCCAAAGAAGGCAGCAGCAGCGGCAGUCAGCACCAGACCAGGGCUUGGUUUCUCUAAGAGCACUACGGGACCUCCUAGACCUUCCUUGAGGGAGACCAUGCUGGCCCAGAAAAAGGCCCAAAUGGCCAGCAAGAAUAUUCCUUCUCGUCCUGGUUCUGCAAUGUCAACAUUUUCUCCAACGAGGACAGUGCCAACUAAAUCAUCUUCAGAAUCAGCUCCAACACGACCAUAUCUAGAAGCUAAUGCAUCUCGCGGUGGUCUUUCUGUCGCACCCAUGCGACCAAGUAAAUCCAAGAGACCAGAACUCGCUCCUAGACCUGCAACUGCCGGCCCAUAUUCUGUAAGAAGAACUAACCAAGCUUCCAGCGAAGCAAAUGCCAGUCCUUCGUCCUCUACAACCGCAAGACCACCAAGAUCCAAAACUCCUGUUGCUACCAGUUCCCCCCAAGCCAGAAGAGCUCCGGUGCCGAGACCCAAUACAAGCCAUACUAGUCAUCCAACACAAUCUAAUCAGCCAACUCAAUCCACAUACACAAGUCCUGCCAAAACUGUACCUGCAAAGGUUACAACGGCAUCUCCCAGGCUUGCUGCUUCUCCGCAUAUUAGUAGCCCUGUUAGGACAAGAACUAAAUCAGUACCCGGGUUACCUCUAUCUAGUCCCACACGGGCGGAUGAAGAUUUUACUAUGGUUGUUCCCACCAUUACAGGAUUAGAGCGGAUUCGAUCUGAGAAAGUUUCCCAGGUCUUUGAGUCAUCUGAUGGAGAAGAUAUCAAAGCUCCUGUCAAUCAGCCAAUGAAAGUUUACGAGGACCCAUUCUCAAGUACAGAUGACACAACUACUCCCAGACCCACAGUUACUGCAUCUGUUCUAGAAGAAGUACCUGUCAAUGAAGAUGCUAUGAAUCUGUCAAGGAAUAGUAUAGGUGAACUCGAUGGCGAGGGAAUUAAGAAUCCACCAAUGUCUCCCGACAAGCUCAAACAAACCACAAAGUUACUCGACAGCGGCAUCGCCAAAAUCAAAGGCAAAACCUUGGAUGCCCACGGUUUCCGCAAACUCCAAACAAUGAUCAGAGAUAACAAAGCCGUAUGGGGAGAUGGCAGGUUCCCUGCUCUUGUGAUGGGUCUCUUCGAGUAUCUCGAAGAACCAUUAACAAACCUCUCACCUGCGAAAGUCCAGGACGUCAAAGCACAAAUACUAGCGACAAUCAAAGUCUUGUAUAAAAACUACCGAGAAUACUUCCAACCAUAUACCGCAAAAGGCUUCCAUUCUAUUCUCGUCACUCGCUCUUGCUAUGAUGCACGCACUCACAUUGUCAGUGGCCUCGAACUCCUGGCCGACGAGCUUGUCACACUUGCCAACCCCAAGGACACCAUCAGUACUAUUCUAAAUUCUCUCUCUGACGAAGAAAUGACAUUAGAAGGAUGUCGAAAAUUAAGUAUGGGAUUACACAUACUCAAGCAGACACUAGAUGUCAAAUCGGAGGUUGAAUUGGACGAUGCGGAGAUUGAUAGUAUCUUGGCAUUAGCAGCAAAGUGUCUUGAGAGCAAGGAAAGCGGAGUGAGAUUGGAUGCUGUGGUACUCUGUGUGAGUACCCAUGCACGAAUCGGAGAGGCUAGAUUUUGGAGUGGAAUUGGUGGAAGAGUGAGUGGGGAUCCUAAGAGUUUGAUUACAUAUUAUAUUGUUAAGAGGCAAAGGGAAUUGGAGAUGGGAAAUUGAAGAGAAAGGGGUCGGGAAGGGGCUUUGGAGUGGUGUGCAAAAAGGGACUGAGGUGGUACUGAUGUUUCAAUAGAGUGGAUGCGAAAGGGCUGUAAGAUACAAAGGUUCUCUAUUUUGACUGAAUAUUUUGGGAUAUUUUUUGGUCGGUAUGAUGGAUUCUCUGGAGUGUAGCGAGCAAAAAGGGAGGGGAGUAAAAGGCGUUGUGCAGUGCACCUUUACAUAUUUCUGGUUAUUAUCAUAGGCGUUGAGGUUUCGGCUCAGUACAUUUAUAUUUUGUAAUGUUUUGAUCUGAUUAUGUUUAUGCGGCUUUAUUUGU